AUGGCUGAAAAUAGUGUCAAUGAAUCUGGGACUGUUGAGUAUUACACACUGUGCACAAUAUGUGAAGAGAAGUCCAGCUUCUCCUGCAAUGACUGCCAACAGAGCAUGUGUGAGCAGCACAGAGAUGUCCAUCUCAAAGAAGAGAAAAACAGACACCAUGAAGUUGUUCUUCAUACAAACAGAAGAAUACCCUUGCCUGUAGAAAAAUGUCCACUUCAUCCAACAAGAGACCUUGAAAUCUACUGCGACUCUUGCAGGGAUCUUCUUUGUUCCAAAUGCUCUACUUCAAAUCACAGAAAUCACCAGAUGUCUGACCUAGAGAUUGUCUAUAAUGAAAAACUACAGCAAUGCAAAGAUCGACUGACAAAGAUCAGUGAAGAAAAAUCAAAUUCCCAGACAGAACAAACAGAAAAAGAUGAGGAAAGAUUUAAUCUGACGGUAUCAGCCAUGACGCAAAGAGCUGAGGAGAUGAAAGAAGUUGUGGAUACCGUCCUCUCCGAUAAGAUUGCUGAGCUUUAUGCAAUAAAAGAAUCAUAUUUAAAAGAAACAGAUAUAUUAAAAGACAGGUUUAAAAUGGAAGCCUUAAUUGUAGAACUAAAAAACAAGAUGGAAACUGCAUCAAUAAAGCCAUCCACUCUUUUAACAUUCCAUCAGAAUUUGUCUUCACAAGCACUGGAAAUCAUGCAAGAAUCUAUAACAGAUCAUCCAACAUUACCGACAUUUAUUAAAGGUACUGACGAUAAAAGGGAGAUAGAAAAACAGUUUGGAGAAAUAAAUUGGCCAGUAAAAGAUUUGAUUAUUUCUCAAAACAAAGAAGCAAUGAAUUCAAGUGAGAAUUUUCCACCUAUGAGUAAAGGGAAAGAAGGAGAGAGCAAAAUGACAAAAUCGCUUUGUGAGAUUCAAGUUGUUCAUUCAAUUGAAUUAGAUCUGAAAAAACUAAGACAAAUUAACGUCUGUACACCAGCGAAUCAUUUAUCUCUUUCGUCAUCGGGGAAAUUCUGGGGCAGUAACAGUUCGGGGAAUCUCAUCCUCUUUGACAUGGAGGGAAAUAUUUUGAAGAAAAUAUCCACUAACGUAUUAGAUGUCAUAGGUUACCAUACAGUCACAACAGAGGGCCACUUACUCUUCACAAAUGCCAAAUGUAAAUCAAUCUUCCGAGUGAAUAGCGAAAUUAACACCACAAGAGUAAUUUCAACUGAUGAUUGGGAACCAGGGGCCAUUCAUUCCUCCCACAUCAAUGGAGAUAUGCUAGUCGGGAUGAAUAAAAAUAAAAAAUCAAAUGUGACCAGAUACAGUAAAAAAGGGAAGAAACUCCAGGAGACUCAGAGGGGUGAGGAAGGGGACAACCUUUAUAAGAGUAUAACCUACAUCACAGAGAACAUCAACGGUGACAUCUGUACAUCAGACUAUACUGCCCAUAGCGUGGUGGUGGUGACCAGAAGUGGACAGCAUCGCUUCAUUUAUUCUGGUCACCAGUCUCAGUCCGGAUUCCAUCCUUAUGGAAUCUGUACAGACAAGCUAGGACAUAUCUUGGUGUGCAACAGCUACUGUCCUUUGUUUGGAAGAAAUUGCCCUAGUGUCCACCUGCUGGAUAUGGAUGGUCAGUUCCUGUCACUUUUACUCCCACCAGAUCAAUGUCCAAAGAAACCACGUGCUCUCUGUUUGGAUGACCAGGACACAUUAAUGGUCGGAAGUGAGGAUAGUUCUACUGUUACUGUGUACAAAUAUUACCAAAAGAAAGAAAAUUAA